AUAACAGUACCAGUAGAAAGGCCAGAGAGUGUGAUCGAGAUCGAAAACCACGAGCCUUGGGAGCACUUGAAACACUCCCAUUAUCUGCACUGCCUCCGCCUUCACUCGCUCAACGUCCUCCAUCUCUCGCCAAUUCCAUGGAUCAUGCAUUCAUGGUCCUUAAAUCUUCUUCCAAUCGUAUUAUUUUUUUAUUUCACAAUUCUAUUUUUAUGUGGUCUUUAUAAAAAUACAAGCUUUAUAUAUUCUGAAUUAAAAAUUCCCCGACCCGAUAUCACUGCCUUGACCCGAAUUCUCCAAAAGAGAUAUUUCUGUAGGAGGGUAGCACGCCUCCGGUCACGUGCGUCUGCUACCUUGUCAAGAUUAGGAGCCUGAGACAACUAGAACUUCUUAAUACAUGGCUUGUCAAAUGGGUUCUACGAUCUUGAAAUGGAGAUUAUCAAUGACAGAGAAUGAAAGCACCGAAAAAUCAUGUGUAGCCCCUGAAACUUCCAGAAUACACAGUUGUUGCUGUGAGCCAAAUUUUAACGGGCUAACUCUAAAAGUUGGCAUUAAGUCUUCACCUUUUGCUCAGAGCUGUUUCCUGGGAAGAAGAGCUGGGUGGAAAAUAGCUUUUGCCUUGAACACAGGUGGAGUGUCUGAUAAUGGUGACCAACAAAGCUUCAACGAAGCCAGUUCCAAUCUCGGUGGUACUCGAUUGGGUAGGAUACUGACUGCAGGUGGCAGACAACUUCUAGAAAAGCUGAACUCUGCUAGAAAGAACUUCCCUUUGAAAAUAUUCCUGCUACUGUUGGGUUUCUACACGGCAAAUGCACUAGCUACAAUCCUUGGGCAAACCGGUGAUUGGGAUGUUCUGGUUGCUGGUGUUGUGGUGGCUGCAAUUGAGGGGAUUGGCAUGCUAAUAUAUAGAAAGCCACCUACCGCCAGGACUGGGAGUUUGCAGUCUUUUCUAGUGUUGGUGAACUACUGGAAAGCUGGCAUUUGUUUGGGUCUCUUUGUAGAUGCUUUCAAGUUAGGCAGCUAAGAACCCGCAAAAUCUUGUCCCUAAUGCUUUCUCUUUUCAUUUUUAUUGUUGUAUGCCAUAAACUCUGGUAAGCCAUAAUUUUGACCGUAGUUUUCUUCUAUUGCUACAUUAUUGUUCUAUACUAAUCGUGUACAUGUAAUUGUAGUAUGUGAAUAGUAUAUAUGGCGAUUGCUUAAUGACUUUAUGUGUCUGUGCACAGUGCACCAUUUUGCAUGUGCUAUGGUGAAGACUGUUAUAUACGUAGCACAGUGCACCAUUUUGCAUGUGCUAUGGUGAAGGAGUUACUGUUGUAUAGGUAGCACUCAAAUUCAUUUGCUUGUACAUUUGUACUGGUGGCCGAGUUUCACUUUUAAGAGGAAAUUAAUGAAUGUAUUGUCACUGGCGCUGCCUGUGCUUGACGUGGAGCCUA